AUGGUAACGUACGAGCUAUUCCGAAGUAGCCGGCGAAUUAAAUUGUUCAGUGCUUUUUCCAAACCAAAUGGCAGUGUUCAUUUCAUCGGAGAUGUAAGGAAAGCGAGAAGAAGUAAAAGUAAAGGUGCGAAGGAGUUUUGCAACGAUACAAAGGCCUCUAGUGAAUUGGCAGAUCAUCCGCCGACGAAACUGACGCGGAAACCUAAUGAAAGACGUAGAGUUUGGAUUUUAGAUUACAGGACCGCUAGGGGGAAUUGA